UCUGUAUAAAUACGCAGUAAUUUGUGCGUGGAUAUUCAGUUCGGAAUAUGCGUCAACAGUCUUGUCUUAGAUAACUAAUACCAAGUUCUCGUAUAUUUUCAUCUUAAGUAAGUUCGGCCUAUUACUUGAUCUAUAUAUGUUUUAGAAAAUUGGUUCAAACAUUCCCUCCUUUUAAUUCAAUUGCAAUUAAAAAUCAACUAUCUUUUUCCCCCACAAUUUUUACAAAGCUUUAAUUGAAAAUGGCAACGAUUCCGGUGAGGUCCAUACUCGCCAUCUUUUGGGUUUUUGUCGUUUGUUGUAACUGCCAAUCAAUUGACCCCGAUGCUUCCUCUUCUUGGGCGAAACUCCAAAUCUCACCGGACACGUUAGGUUCCAUGGAGUACGGCAACUUUCUCAUUGAAAUUUACGAACACGCCAAUAACCAUAAAGCAUCGACGACCGCCAGCCAGAAAAAAUACUUCUACUCUCCCCUCGCGCUAUUGGACCACAAAAGUGCCGUUAGUAUAUACAACAACGUUACGAAGCAACCAGAGAUGAGAUUUCGUGGAACGCCAAAGUCCAAAAUGAAGUGGUCAAACAUUUAAACAAAUCUAUCGGUCAAGAAAUACAAUCCGAUAAAGUGAGAGUCAUUCCCUUGGAGAAGGUCAUUCUCACGAGCAAAAGAGUAAAGACCCACAGCAGAUUAUUCGCUAUCGCCAGUGUGGACGAAUUAUGACAAGAGCACAACCCUGAGGCUUUCUCUGUCGUGUUCUGAGCAGAAAGUCUGCGACGAUCUGGCUAACGAAAUGCGAUCCAAUCCCGAACAAUUCGACCACUUAAAACUCCUCUACAGUUUGUCAUCACAGACGUCGCAAACCAAACAGACGACCAUCAGCAUCGACAGCAUCACUUCCGGUGAAAUGGUUACUGCUCUUUUACAGAAAUUUGGAGACAAAAAAGAAAUUUUUCUGACGGCCAACGACGAGAAGAAAAUGCUGACGGAAAUGGCCACCAAAUUCCGAAUGGACACAUUCGACGACUCUGAGGUCGAGUCUCCUGACACGGAAUCGCAAAUUUUAAAUAUUUUCAAAGAUUUGCUGGCCACGUCUAGGGCGACCAUCAAAGAUCAAAGCGACAAAAUGUGGAACUCUGUUUUCUGGAAUGAGGACAAUUACCGGCCGGACAAAACGACGAAAACUUUAAAUGAAAUCAUAAACAAACUGGACAAGGAAACUCAAAAGAAACUGGCGGAUAUGUUUCAAAAAGCGGAGAAGCAAUCGGAAAUAACAGAAAAAUUAACUUCGACUAAUAAAGACGCGGAGAAAAGACGAGAGGAACAAACUCGUCACGAAAAUCAAUCGAAAGAUACAAAUGAAAAGGAAAUGAGAAGAUCACAAGCCACGGAUCGAGAACAAUCUAGUCGCAAUCAAACUCGCAAUGACAAAUCUAAAAUCAACAAAGUUGACACGGAAGUCACUGCCAGUGGGUUGGGUGUUAGUUUAGGCGCCAAAGUCGAAGUAGAAAAUACUAACACGCACAACACCGAACAACAAAACGAGAAUACUGAAAACGUAAAAAGAAGUUCGGAUGAACAUAAAAGAAAUUUCAAGAAUAAUGAAAAAAUCCAACACAAUUACGACUCAAACAGUUGGGCUGACGUGGACAGAAUCAGUUCAACAAUUUCAGGGAAAAUGGCAAUCGAUUCAGACAGAUCCCGUCGAGUCGAAAUAUUGAAAGAAGACGUGGAAAAGUUAUUGCAAGAAAGUAGAAACCACGUGGAAUGGGACGGAGAAAAAUUUGUGCCCAAACCCAUGCAACUGAGUAGAAUCAAUUUGGGCAAAUUUCGUGAUUCUCAAUCCUUUCAGGAUCGCAACGUCCGUGUCCGUUACACGAACGCGGAACUGUCGGCUCCAAUCAAAUUUACAGACAACACUAAAUUGGCUGUCACUGACGAAUGGAACAAUUUAAAGGACGAACUCAAAGACCUUAGAGAACUUUUGGUGAAAACUAAAACCGAAAUGGAAAAAACAAAGGCCCAAUUAAUUAAAGGCACCAAUGAUUUAUCAAAAAAAUUAAAUGAUACUUCACGUAAACUGGAAACAACAACAACAAAUUUGGCCUCGGCGAGAACGGAAUUGAGCAGCACAAGGUCCGCCGUUGCGGAUUUGAUUAAAAAAUUAAAUGCCCGAACGAGUGAGAUGGUUGACAUUGGUCAAAUGCCAACCUCGUGUGCGGAUCUGCAGCGGAUGGGUCAAAAAAUCAGCGGAUUCUUUUUGGUAAAAGGAGCGAAAAAGAUGGAAGCGCUAUACUGCAAUUUUUAUUCUAAUCAAAAUGACAAACAAAAAUGGAUCGGAUACGCCGACGUGAAAUCAGCGCCCGUCCAUUUCUACGUCCAGAGAAAUUCUUCGUUCGAUACAACUAACACUCCGAUUUCGUUCAGUUCGGCGCGGGUAAACGAGGGAAAUGCUAUGAGUUUGCCAACGGGGAAAUUCACGACACCGCGUACGGGAACUUAUUUCUUUUUCUUCACCGGAGUGGCGACAUUUCCAGUUUCGGCAGGUCACGUUCAACUUGGACUUUAUCUGAACGGUGGUCAAAUCGGUAAGGGCGUGAUUGAAAAGUCAAACGUCCUUCUUCGUCAGUGGAGUCUGUUGUCUCUCCAGUCAACGCUGUACUUGACAUCGGGGGAUCGAGUCUGGGUGCAGAUUGAUAGCCUAGCAUCAGGGGUGAUUUUGUAUGGCAACAGUGACCACCUGACUCAUUUUACCGGUUUCAUGUUGGAGGAGGAAACUGUCACCUCCUUUUGAGAAUUUGUGUUGAUAACGUGAAAUGCACAAAAUGGUUAUCGACUGACGGCGCAGUCUGAGGAUUAUUCUUUAUUCCUAUCCUCGCAGACAUGGGAAAUAAAAAUCUAAAAUUUGAUUGUCA